AUGAAAGUCAAGCCAGCAAUUUCAAACUUAUCAUCAAAACCGCUUAUUUACACAAAUAAAAGUUCCGUACAAUGUUCACCUGAAACAAAUGAUUGUUAUGCUAUUGAUCUUACUUUAAAUAGUACUAGUAAUCAUAUAGCUGUACUUACUAUUCCAAGUACGAUUCAAUUAUUUGAUGCAUCAACAUUAAAACCUGUUUCAUCUCUAUCAUCAACUACAAAUAAUUUUGAUAAUACUAAUUCUUUAUCUUCAAUAAAAAUUCAUUCUAUUCAAUAUGCUUAUAUUUCACCAUAUACCUUAUUUGCUUCGACAAAUAAAAAUUUAGUUCUCAUAUGGGAUACAAGAACACCACAAUUAGAAACUAUUCAAUUAAAUGGUUGUGGUGAUACACAUGAAUUUCUAUCAGUUGCAUGUAAUAAUGAAGAUCAAUUAGUUGCUGCUGGUACUGAACUUAAAGGUGAUGAGAAUGUUGCUAUUGCUUUUUGGGAUAUACGAGCACCAAUAAAUAAACAAUUAUUAGGAUAUUAUACAGAAUCUCAUUCGGAUGAUAUUAUUCAAAUUAAAUUUUCUCGAAUGAAUUCAACAAAAUUAAUAAGUGGCUCAACAGAUGGUCUUGUUUGUUUAUAUGAUGUAUCGAAAUCGAAUGAAGAUGAUGCACUUGAACAGGUUUACAAUGCAAACGGACCUGUUGCAAAAUGUGGUUUCGCGCAAGAUAAUACAGUAUAUGCAACAACAGCAUCAAAUGCUUUUUUUAUUUGGUCAGUAACCGAUGAAAAUCAACAAUUACUCGUACAAGGUGAUACAGAUAAUGAUUUGCUAGCAUCCGAAGUUCAUUCCGAAACGAUGGAUACAUCAUUGAAGCCUUCAACAGUUAUUUAUCAUCUUUCUUCAUCGCAUGCAACUAUUGUUGAUAUACUUUCCGAGUAUAAUAUUAGAGACUUAUUACCAUCUGUUACACAAGAGACAAAUUCGUAUUGGCCAUUAUUAAUGUGUGAUCACAUGGGGAAAAUGAACAUCACAUUAGUCUCAUCUAAUGAGUCCCAACCCACUAUUUUCUCACUUGAUUCCCCUCAUUCUGAGACAUUACGCGCAGCAGUAACUUAUCGUUCUACACUCUACUCAUGUGGGGAUGAUGGACAAUUGAUUCAAUGGCAACCAUCAUCAUUAAUGAAUCAUUCCAAUGAGAAUCAACAACAAACAAAGUCAAAGAAAAAGUCAAAUAGUAUAAAACCAUACUAA